AGAUCUGCUGUAGAUUUUUGUGAAAUUUGGACAAAGCGAGAAGAAUUUCUGCCAAUAGUUGGUUGUCGUGUUUAUUUUUAAUUGAUAAGAUGAUGUUUUGUGUGAAAAUAUAAGAAAAGUUUUUAUCAAGUAUUUUUGUGAAAUAAAAAUGUUAACAAAUAAAAAACGAAAAGAAUUAAUAAAUCGUAGAAAUUCGCAGGUGUUCUGCUUGUCCCCCGUUCACACUUCGUAUAUAUUUUAAGAACGAACUACGACUCCACCACCUCUACCACCACACCACUACCACCACCACUACGCCAAUUACGACGUUUACUUUAUUUCAAUUCAACUAAAACUCUCCAAAGGCAGGAAAGAAAGAAAGAACACAAAUCACGAGAAAAGAAAAAAAUAAGAUAAAAAGCAAACGAUUUUUUUGUUUUAUUUUUUCAUAAAUCCAAUAGUGCAGACAUAAUACAUACAAUUUAUUACAAAUUUUCUUCGGUCCACACCAUUUUGCAUAUCUAUCUAUUAAAUUAAUUUAAAAGUAAAAAAAAAAAAAUCAAAAGAACAACAACAAUUUAAUUUAUAUACAUAUAUACAAGUACGUAUGUAUAAAUGAGUGUGUGUUGAGCGUGAAUGAGUGUAUGUGCGUGUAUAUAUAAUACAUUUAUUAAAUUUGCUUAUUCAACAAACAAAAAGAUCAAAAAACAACUUAAAGAUAAAAAAUAAGUUAUUACAUCAAGAAGCUCCAGUAAAAAAAUAAAUAAAGUUAUUUUAGCCCUUAAUCGAACUCUCAAGGCAACUAGUUACAAGAGAAAAAGAACUAAAUCGAACUAAGAUCCUCCUUGUGGCCCGAUUACUAACAGUGCCGACGACAGUAGCAGCAGUAGUAGGUAGUAUCUAACAGCAGCAGCGGAGGCAGCAGCAGCAGCAGUCAAAAUCAUUAUCAUAAAUCAUCAGAUAUGCGUGAAUUCAAAGUUGUUGUUUUGGGGUCCGGAGGUGUGGGCAAAUCCGCUCUAACCGUGCAAUUUGUUUCAGGAUGUUUUAUAGAAAAAUAUGAUCCAACAAUAGAAGAUUUCUAUCGCAAAGAAAUUGAGGUUGAUAGUUCACCAUGUGUACUAGAAAUCCUAGAUACUGCUGGUACAGAACAAUUUGCUUCAAUGAGGGAUCUCUACAUUAAAAAUGGACACGGAUUUAUCGUUAUGUAUUCGUUAACAAACCAUCAAACAUUUCAGGAUAUUUCCAGCAUGAAAAAUGUUAUAACACGUGUUAAAGGAAGUCAACCAGCACCUAUUCUACUAGUCGCUAAUAAAUUAGAUUUAGAUUGCCAAAGAGAAGUUUCGACUGCCGAAGGUAAUGCCCUAGCACAACUCUGGGAAUGUCCAUUCAUAGAAGCGUCUGCUAAAGAUCGUAUUAAUGUCAAUGAAGUAUUUGCUACAAUAGUACGUGAAAUGAAUAUGACCCAGGAUAAAAGACAGAAAAAAAGUUAUUGUUGUUGUGCUCUUUUAUAGAAGGAUUUUGCUAAUAAUUAUUACAACUAUGCACACACGUACAUAUUAUAAUAUAAAUUAACUAACAAUAAUACUAUAAUAAUUUGAAGAAAAAAAAGAAAAGAAAAAAUAAUUAUAAUAAUAAUAUUAAUAUAAUUAUAAUUAUAAUGAUAAUGUUAAUUAAAUGAGGGUCAAAAUUAUAAUAAUAAUAAUAAUUAUUUAAAUGAUGAAAUGCAUCAUCAUCAUCGUCACCAUUAUCAUCAUCAACAUUAUACAUUCAUUAACUGUUUAGCUAAUGAUAAAUAUAUUUUGUAUGUCAAGAUGUAAAGCGAAUUUAGCAAACAUAAAAACACACACACACUCACACACAUAAGAUAAAACAAAAACAAAAAAAGUAAAAACAAUAAUAAUUUUGAUUUACUUAAAAAGGAAACAGUCUUUGUUUCACAGACUUAUCCAGCAAAUAAAACACUAAAACAGUCUCACAUUUAAUGCAGCAUUGAAAGUUAAAAACAAACAAAAAAAUGUUUGCAUUCAUACCUUCGUUCGUUCGUCCAUUCAUUUAUUAACAAUGCAUGGAUGGAAAGAUGGAUGGAUGGAUGGAUGUCAAUUGAAAAUGCAUUCCCCUCAUUUAUGUAUGUUAAAAUGUAAGUUUAAAAUUGAAACAAACAAUUUACAAGGAUCAUUUAAAAGCAUUUUUUAAAACUGACAUGCUGUUUACUAACAUUAUAUAUUUUUGUUUUUUUUUUCAUUCUUUGAAUAUAAGUCGGCAAUAUUAUUAUUAUUUUUAUUUACUUCCUUUUACAUGAUCCCAAUUAAUAAAUGUAGCACGAAAUACAUACAAUAUUAAACUAUUCAAACAUUUCCCAUGCAACUCGGAAAUUAUCAAUUAUUUGUUUUGUUGUUUCAACCAAAAAAAAAAAAAAAAAAGGAACAUCGAUCUUUUAUUUGCUAUUUUAAGUGUAAUAAAUCUAAAGCCAAUUCCCAAGGUUUUGGCAAAAUUAACAAAAGGACAAUUUUAAAAACGAUUCGAUUAAAAUGUUUUCAAAAGUAACUGUUAAAUACGAGUAUUAUUAGUGUUGAUGCAAGAACUUUAUUAAAUAAAGUUCUCUUCUCACCAUUUGUCUGCCAUUAGUUAUGAAAAAAGAGAAACAAAAAGGAGAAAAACAACAACGAAAAAUAAAUAAUUGAUAGUUUCUCUAAUACUUAUUUUCACAAUUGGAAGUAUCGAUUUAAUAAUUAUUAAAACUACCAAACUUUUCCUACACCAUUUAAAUGGGCAUUUCAGAUUUUUUUUAGUUAUGAAAAAAUAUUAAAAAUUUCUUUAUUUGUUAUUUCGUUUUUUAAUUUUAAGAUUGUAUUUUUUUUUUGUUUAUUUGUCUGCUAGAAACGAAAUUAAUUAAUAUUUUUAAAAAAUUAAACAAAUAUUGUUUACUUCUUUUUAAUUUUUAAAGAGAUUAAUCAAGCAACGUAUUUGAUUGUCUCUUAAAGACACAUUUAUACACAUAUAUCUAAUAAUUCUAAUAUAAAUAUUAUAAAAACAAAAAAAGAAGAGAGAAAAAAGAAAAAAAGAAAAGAAACCACACAUAAACACUCUUAAGUAUUGAACAGUUUAUAAUGAUUUUUAAAUUACCAAUUUUAUUAACGUCUCUUAAUGUAAGUCUCAUGAGAAUAAUAAUGUAACAUAUUUUUGUAAAAUAUCUGUAAAGAAAAACUAAAAAAAGAAAACGAAAAAAAAA